UCUCCCUUCCGCCCACUCCAAACCCUAGCCUCCUCCCCCUCUUCCCUCUCACCGCCGCCGCCGUCGCGAGCAAGCAGUCGCAGCCAUGUCCGGAAGGAAGAAGACCCGGGAGCCCAAGGAGGAGAACGUCACGCUCGGCCCCGCCGUCCGCGAGGGAGAGCACGUCUUCGGCGUUGCGCACAUCUUCGCAUCCUUCAACGACACCUUCAUCCAUGUCACGGAUCUGUCCGGGAGAGAGACGCUCGUCCGCAUCACCGGUGGCAUGAAGGUCAAAGCUGACCGUGAUGAAUCAUCCCCUUAUGCAGCCAUGCUUGCAUCUCAGGAUGUUGCAGUAAGAUGCAAGGAGCUUGGGAUCACUGCUCUGCACAUUAAGCUCCGUGCUACUGGUGGAAACAAGACAAAGACACCAGGUCCAGGUGCUCAAUCUGCACUUAGAGCUCUUGCACGUUCUGGCAUGAAGAUUGGACGCAUUGAGGAUGUUACUCCAGUCCCAACUGACAGCACUCGCCGAAAGGGUGGUAGAAGAGGAAGGAGGCUGUAAUUCUAUGCCUUUUCAAGGAUGUUACAACACCAAGCUAUCUAUCUCGUGUCUUGAAACUUGUUAUGUACUCUGUUUAUGAUGUCAAAUCAGAUUUUGUGGAUCUAUAGCUUUUGAGCAAUAUCCUGCUGUGGAUGUUUAGAAAAUGGUUCUUUCUCCUCUUCGAAUCCAGUUAUUACUAUUUAUAAUUAUUACCUCUUUGAGCAGUGUUCAGUGA